AUGAAACAAUAAAUCCCCUCUCUCACCACUCUUUACAGCAGAGAGAGGAGAGGAGAGAGAGAUCGAAAAUGGUGGUGCAAGCAAUCAUCGAAAUCGUGAAGCAUUACGCACAAGGAGAGAUCACAAACUUCAUCAAAGUAUGGACUCUCGUCUUCGCCUCUCUCUCCUACUGCUUCUUCCUCUCCAAAACCCUCCCCACCGGCUUCCCCCGCCUCCUCGCCAUCUCCCCCGCCAUAAUCCUCAACCUAAUCCUCCCCCUCACCCUCCACACCAUGCACCUCGGCGGCUCCUCCGCCUUCUUCCUCGCCUGGCUCGCCAACUUCAAGCUCAUCAUGCUCGCCUUCGGCCACGGCCCCCUCUCCGAUCCCUCCAUCUCCCUCCCCAAAUUCGCCGCCUUCGCCUGCCUCCCCAUCAAAUCCAACUCCGAUUUCCCCAGCCGCGGCCUUAAAUCCAUCUGGAAUUACCUCGCAAAAGCCCUCCUAAUCUGCCUCUUUCUCAAAUUGUACGAUUACACCGAUCUCGUCCACCCCAAGCUCACCUGGCUCCUCUACUUCCUCCACAUCUACUGCGGCCUCGAGAUAAUCCUCGCCGUCGCCGGUGGAAUUGCUGGGGCUUUGAUCGGGGUGGAGCUGGAGCCCCAAUUUGACGAGCCCUAUCUGUCCUCGUCGCUGCACGACUUUUGGGGGAGGAGAUGGAAUAUCAUGGUUUCUAAAAUCCUAAGGCCCACUGUGUACAAGCCCGUUUUGGAUUUCUCAGCGCCUAUCACGGGCCGGAGGUGGGCCCACUUCCCGGCUAUCCUCGCCUCCUUUUUUGUGUCGGGCCUGAUGCACGAGCUGAUUUUCUACUAUUUGGGGCGGAGGCGGCCCAGCGGGGAGCUCACGGCGUUUUUCGUGCUGCACGGGGUGUGUCUGGGGGCGGAGGUGGCGGUGAAGAAGGCGGUCAAGGGGCGGUGGGGGGUGCCCAGGGUGCUGGCGGGCCCCCUCACGAUGGGGUUCGUGCUGGCGACGUCGUUUUGGCUGUUUUUCCCGGAGUUUUUGAGGUGUAAUGCGAUUGAGAAGGCGUUUGGGGAGUAUGCGGCGGUGGAGGCGUUUCUGAGAGAUGUUACUUAUGCUUUGGCUUCCAAAUCUAUCCAUAAUACUACUAAUACCAUUGUUUAGAUUAGGGAUUGUGUGCAAUUUUAAGCUUCACUCCUAUCGUUUGUGAUUUUACUUUUAAUUGAAAUUCUCAUAAUCUCAAUCACAAUAGAAUGGUUAAUAGUU